AUGGCUACUGUCACCCUCACAAGUACGGGCGUGAAGCCGCUCCAGACCAGGGACAUCGCGACUCGGCUGUUGAACGGCACCCUCCACUCUCAAUGGCCCGCUUUUGAACAGUUCGAGACUAUCGACGGUCUUUUGAAGUCGCAUGCCGCUCAGCCGGAUGAAGGGAAAUUCCCUUUGAUAUGUUAUCCAAUCCGCGCAGCCGCCGACUUUGAAGAGCACACAGCUGGCGAUAUUGAUCGAUAUACCGAUGUUGCUGUUCGCUUUUAUAUGCAACAGGGGCUCACUGCUGCUGACCCAAGUCUUGAUCAGGCACCUGUCAUUGCCACUCUUGUGGGAUCUAGCUUCGAGGCGGUUGUGACAUUCUUUGCAUUGAAUCGUCUCGGAUACGCAGUGCUUUUCUUGUCUACCCGCCUCACAGCUCCAGCGUAUGCACGCUUGAUGGACAUGGCAAACUGUAACUCGAUCAUCAAUACGCAACAGCACCAGCAAGUUGUCAACGAAAUUUGUGCUCUUCGUCCAGGCUGCAGUGCUUUCUCGAUCUUGCAAAGAGAGAACUGGUUCAAUCGCCCUGCCAGCGUUCCUCGCUACGAAAGACCCAAUGUGAAUUCAUCUAAAGAAGGGAAGAAGAUUGCGUGGAUCUUGCAUUCUUCCGGAAGUACCGGUUUCCCAAAGCCCAUCUUCCUGACCAACCUCCAAACACUCGCCAACUUCCGCAAGAGUUUUGGCCUGCGUCUCUUCACAAUUAGCCCGCUGUUCCACUCUCAUGCUCUGAUGGAGCUUGGAAGAGCCCUUUUUACCAGAGCUCCCGCUUAUCUCGGCAAUCACUCCUUGCCUGUGACAUAUCAGAAUCUCUUUGACGCCCUCCAGGUUGCCAAGCCGCAGCAAAUCAGUGCCGUGCCAUAUGUCAUCAAAUUACUCGCAGAAAAGCAAGAGGGUAUUCAAGCACUUGCAGCUCCCAAAUUGGUACUCUAUGGCGGCUCCAGCUGUCCCGAUGAUCUCGGUGAUCGUCUUGUGGCACAAGGUGUGAAUCUGGUCGGCAACUACGGAGCCACAGAGACAGGUCAAAUAAUGACCUCUUUCCGUCCUCCCGGCGACAAUGAGUGGCAGUACAUGCGGCUGCACCGUCCUGUUGCCGACCUCACUCUCAUGGACGAGAUAUCCCCCGGAGUCUUCGAGUGUGUGGCUUUAGACGGUCUACCCAGUAAGGGUCCUUCCAAUGCAAAGGCCCCUUACAGCGCGAAAAACCCGGAGAACAGUUUUCGGACAGCCGACCUCUUCACCAGACAUCCCGACCCAGCGAAGAGUAACUAUUACAAAUAUUUGAGUCGACUGGAUGAUCGAAUCACCCUAGUCAAUGGCGAGAAGGUACUCCCUAUUCCUAUUGAGGGCCGGGUGCGAGAAGAGCCGAUCGUUAGCGAUUGCGUCGUUUUCGGAUUCCAGCGUACUGUUCCUGGAGCUUUGAUCUUCCGCGCCCCAGGAAAGGUAGAGCACUUGAGCGAUGACGAUUUCCUGGAAGCUAUUCGGCCGGCUGUUGAAGCUGCAAAUGCUCGUGCCGAAACAUUCUCUCGCAUUCCCAAAGAGCUUAUCAUUAUCAAGGGUGCAGAUGUGAGUUAUGCCAGAACUGACAAGGGCACGUCUAUUCGAGCCCAAGUAUAUCAACAAUUUGAAGAAGAGAUCAAGCAGGCGUAUGCUAGAUUUGAAGGUAGCGGUCAGAAACGUGGCUCCCUCGUCCUCAAUGUCCCCGAGCUUGAAGACUGGCUCCUUACAAGGUUCAGUCAGGAUUUGGGUGUAUCACUGCCCAGUGCUGAUGCCGAUAUCUUCUCUGCUGGUGUUGACAGUUUACAAACAACCCAGAUCUGGAGAUGCAUCGUGCGCGACAUCGAUCUCGGGGAACUGGAAGAUCGCCUGUCUCAAAACAUCGUUUUCGAGAAAGGCACAGUCAGAGCCCUGGCAAGGCAUUUGUAUCAAAUGAGAAUAGGCGAGGAGUCAGAAAAGGAAGACGAAUUGGCCAUCAUGCAUGAGCUGAUCGAGAAAUACUCACACUUCACCCAACACUUUCCGACAACAACCCAGAGCCCUGAAACCGAAGUAGUGAUGGUCACCGGUGCGACAGGCAACUUGGGAGCCUUCAUUGUGGCCGAAUUCCUCAAGCGCCCAACCGUCUCCCAAGUGUGGGCACUUGUGCGUGCACCAGGACAAGCGGCAGCAGGGGCCCGUCUAUACAAAUCACUGGCAGAUCGUCAGAUCGUCCUCUCCAACGAGAUGGCAGCAAAGCUUCACGCCGUUCCCAGCGACUUGUCACAGUCCAAUCUCGGGCUCAGCAACCACGACCUCCAGCACUUGCUUUCCUCGUUGACAUGCGUCAUACACAGUGCAUGGGCCGUCAACUUCAACUUGGGCGUGCGAUCCUUUGAAGAGCAACAUAUUCGUGGCACAUACAAUCUCAUCAAUCUCUGCUUGCGCUCCCAUCUCCCGACCCCUGCCCGGUUCUUUUUCUGCUCUAGCGUGAGCGCUGCGAGCAAUACCCCCAAGCCAGCCUCGAUUCCCGAAUCCAUGGUAGAAAACCUAGAUCACGCCCAGAAAAUGGGCUACGGACGAUCGAAACUGGUCACCGAGCACAUUACUCGCAAUGCUAUGCGCCAGACUGGAAUGCAGGCACGCGUUCUGAGGAUCGGACAGCUGGGCGGUGAUACCAUCAGUGCACAGUGGAACGAGACGGAGGCUAUUGCCUUGAUGUUCCGGAGUGCAUUGACAACAGGUGCCCUGCCAGAGCUGAAUGAGCGACCGAGCUGGUUGCCUGUUGACCAAUGUGGUCUGGCGAUCUCGGACAUAGCUGUGAAUCCUGCUUCUGUCUCUUCCGAUCCGAACUUGGUAUACCACUUGGUGAACCCUCACGCUUUCAGCUGGAAGGAUGAUUUGCUUCCCUCUUUGAAGAAGGGAUCCGCAUUGCCUGAGUUCGAAGUCGUUUCACCGCAAGAAUGGCUUCGGAGACUAGCAAGCAGUGAUCAAGACCCAGAGAAGAAUCCCAGUAUCAAAUUGAUUGAUUUCUGGCAAGGCAAAUAUGCUACUGCAAGCCAGUCAGCUCAGGCCUCGACUUCUGAGGAGCAACCCAAAGAGAUAGGUCUUACCUUUGAGACUGGGGUCACAAUUCAGGACUGUCCCUCCUUGUCGGUGGUGAAAGAUCCAGUGAGCGUGGGCUUGGUACAGCGUUAUAUAGAGAGUUGGAUGAAGCGAUGGACUAGUACAUAA